AUGAGGUACUUCAACCUUCACUCAGCGCUCCUUCUCAUUUUCAUGCUAGACCGUGUGUCUGGUCUUGGUGCACGAGGAGCAACCGAAAAGGUACUCUACUUUUAUGCCUACCUGUGCGAGACGGCAAUGGCGACCGAUCAGGAGAAAACCACCAUCGCCCCUGACUGCGCCUUUGCAAUGAAGACUGAAAGAGGCAUGCCGUGUGACUUGAACCAGUUCCUGCACUACAUCUGGGCUCCAAAUCCCGAAAAACCAGACGAAGAGCUGCCCAAGGGCGAGGUGAAGAUACUGAAAAACGGCGUUGAAGUUAAACCUUGGGAUGCAACCAUAGAGCAGGUCUACAAUGUUAUUGCCAACUCGCCGUUCAGAGACUAUGCCGACCCUGUAAAGGUCAACGGAGAGUCCGACUACUAUACAUCACUCAGCAAGCUAGGCAAGCCCAUUGCCGCAGUUGAGGAGAAGCUUAAGACCUAUGCACUGCAGCCAAAGAGGAAGGAUUUCACGACCGACACAGAUUAUAAGAAAGCGGUGGCUAAAUGGGCAGCACAAUUGGCGCAUAAGGCCAAAGUCGAGCAGCUGGUUGCGCUGGCCAAAGAAGCUGCCCGCGUCAAUCUUAUCAUGAGAUACAAGGACAUGGAAGAGUAUCGUAUUAAAAAUGGAAUGUUGGCGAGUCAGAAAUACCUCGGGGUGACACCAAUGACAAAGGAGGUGAAGACUGGCCUCUCGAGCCCUCCAAGCUUCCAAGCUCUCAGUUCUGAGCUCACUUUGGCAGAAUAUGAAAAGAAACAAAAGAUCAGCGGUUUCCGCAAAACUUUUCUGGACGCAUGCCGAAAAUAUCGCACUGACGAUGCGGACCAUUUCAGGGCGCUGGCGGCAGCGGAGUCCGCUUUACGAGGUACGAAAUGCGAGGUUCCUCAGAUAGACGGAUUGUAG